AUGUCGGACGCGUUCAAAGCCCGGACGCUGAAAAGGAAAAAUGUCAAAGGGUUGGCGUUGAAUGCACCGGCUCCUCGAACAGCACCCUCCGAUGGCGAUGCACAGAUACCAGGGGCGCUUGGAAAUUCCGAGAGUGACCGGACCGACACCUUGGAGAUUGGCUUGGAAUUCAAACUUGACCUCAGAAGUGAAGAUCUGAUCGUGCUGAAAGAGUUGGGUGCUGGCAAUGGGGGUACUGUCAGUAAAGUCAUGCAUGCUUCGACCAAAGUGAUCAUGGCAAGAAAGGUUAUCCGAGUCGACGCAAAAGAAAAUGUCCGUAAGCAAAUUGUUCGAGAAUUACAAGUUGGCGCCGACUGCAGCUCGCCGUACGUCAUUACAUACUACGGAGCUUUUCAGAAUGAAGCCCGGGACAUUGUGCUGUGUAUGGAAUAUAUGGAUUGCGGAUCCUUGGAUCGCAUAUCGAAAGACUUUGGACCCACACGUGUGGACGUACUAGGCAAAAUUACAGAAUCCAUCCUGGGAGGUCUUGUAUACCUUUACGAAGCCCACCGAAUCAUGCACCGAGACAUCAAACCCUCAAAUGUCCUGGUCAAUUCUAGAGGAAUGAUCAAACUAUGCGACUUUGGCGUGGCUACAGAGACUGUCAACUCGGUAGCCAACACGUUUGUUGGCACGUCAACGUACAUGGCCCCUGAACGAAUUCAGGGCGGAGCAUACACCAUCAAGUCCGACGUUUGGAGCGUGGGUUUGACAGUAAUGGAACUGGCAAUUGGAAGAUUCCCGUUUGAUUCGAGCGAUUCUGCCGCGGGCGACAGAGCAAGUGCUGGACCAAUGGGAAUUCUUGAUCUUUUGCAGACCAUAGUACACGAGCCGGCACCCAAACUCCCAAAGAGUGAGGCCUUCCCGUCUAUCCUGGAGGACUUUGUGGCCAAGUGUCUGCUCAAGAACCCUGACGAGAGACCAACCCCCCGGGAGCUCUAUGACAGAGACAACUUCUUGCAGGCUGCGAAGAGAACGCCUGUGGAUCUGCAGGAAUGGGCCGUCUCGAUGAUGGAGCGACACAACCGAAAAUCCUACUUGGCACCUCCUGCACCAAAAUCGCUGAAAAGUGAUGGGACAAGCUCAGACAGCUCUCAUACAACCUCAUCGGCGUCUACGGCCUCAUUUGCUGGCGAUCCCCGUGGCACCCCUGUGACGGCCAAGCAGUAUGCGAGUCCAACCUCUGGCAACAUCCCUGUCGCGCCACCACAGUUUAGCUUUCAAGGGACACCGACUGGCAUUGUAGAGAGGUCGCCGCCGCCGCCGCUAUCGUUACAGCAUUUGUCGUUGGAGACUCGAGAUGCGCCCAACGGAAUUGGUCCUCGUGCUAACCGCCUGGGAUACAACGACCGUGACAAUAUUCCCGAGCCUGCUUCGGCUAUUGAGCCUUCUCAAAGACCGAUGUUUCCCCCGAGGACGAGUAGUAGCGGCAAUAUUAUCAAUGGCAGAAAUCCGUUGAUGAGUCCACCGUUCUCUGUGCGACAGCCUCCUCCAACUGGGCCGUUACCAGCUCCUCCGAUGAAGGACCUACCUGCGCCACCAGCCUUGAAGAGUGCAGGGAUAGCUAGCCCUCGUCGACCAAGAUAA